CCUCACUCACACAUGAAGUGUUGCAGUGUAAGCAGCGCAGUUUCUGCUUAUCCUAUUGGAACUUCCCCUCCCAUGGCUACUUCACCUCUCUCCGUUCCCCUCAAUGUUAUCAACACUCAUCGUUCCAUUGCCAACCCCUUCGUCCCAGAGGUUGUAAAAGCAGUGGAUGCUUUGCAUUUUGAAUUCAGGGCUGUGGAUAAUUUGGUUGCAUGCAAUACCACCCGGGUCCUUAAAGCUUUCCAGAAUGCUCGAGUUGGAUCCCAUCACUUUGGCGGUUGCACUGGUUAUGGUCAUGAUGAAGCUGGGGGUCGUGGGGCUCUUGAUCAGGCUUUUGCAGAAAUUGUUGGGGCUGAGUCAGCUAUCGUUCGUCCACAGUUCUUUUCAGGUACUCAUGCUAUCACAUGUGCUUUAUUUGCUCUCCUGAGGCCAGGGGAUGAGCUUUUGGCAGUUGCUGGUGCUCCCUAUGACACGCUAGAAGAAGUAAUUGGGAAAAGGGACUCUGGUGGGCUGGGUUCCCUCCAAGAUUUUGGGGUGAAGUACCGAGAAGUUCCACUUGCUGAGGAUGGUGGACUCGACUGGAAUGCACUGAUGAGUGCUGUCAAACCAAAAACAAAAUGUGCGCUCAUACAGCGGUCAUGUGGUUACUCGUGGCGCCGCAGUUUGAGUGUUAAUGACAUAGGAAGGGCAAUAAAAAUAAUCAAGAUGCAAAAUCCCAGCUGCUCAGUCAUGGUGGACAAUUGCUAUGGUGAAUUUGUUGAGAACAUUGAACCUCCCAUGGUGGGUGCAGAUUUGAUUGCAGGCAGCUUGAUCAAGAAUCCUGGUGGAACGAUUGCACCAUGUGGUGGAUACGUUGCCGGGAAGCAAAAAUGGGUUGAAGCAGCUGCAGCCCGUCUUUCUGCUCCAGGACUUGGUGUGGAUUGUGGUUCUACCCCUGGUGAUAUCAUGCGAGCCUUUUUCCAGGGAUUAUUUCUUUCACCUCAAAUGGUUGGGGAAGCUGUCAAGGGCUCCUUCCUGAUUGCUGAAGUUUUGGCAUCUAAAGGCUAUAAAGUGCAGCCACUCCCCCGUGUCCCCCGUUCUGAUACGGUUCAGGCUGUCCAGCUUGGAAGUCGCGACCGUCUCCUAGCUUUCUGCGAGGCUGUUCAGAGAAGCUCUCCAGUAGGCUCAUAUACCAAACCAAUUGCGGGUACGACUCCUGGAUAUGCAUCAGAGGUGAUUUUUGCUGAUGGAACCUUCAUAGAUGGGAGUACUAGUGAGCUUUCAUGUGAUGGACCUCUUAGAGAGCCAUUUGCUGUAUUUUGCCAGGGUGGCACCCAUUGGACUCAAUGGGGACUAGUCCUAGGAGAAGUUUUGAAAUCUUUAUGAUGGAAUAUGAUUUUGAAUCGGUAAGCUUAUACAAAAUAUCAUUCAGUGACAUUCAGAGGAUCACACGAUUCAGAUCAGUACAAUUGUACAAAUACGAUGAUACACUACACGAAUUGUUUGUGCAUAAUUAGAUCACUGUUAUUGCAGAAGGGAACACUCACUAUACUUAUAUAUAUAACUGAUAGAAUUGCUAGCUAGUGUAGUAUUCAACUAGCUGAUCACCAUGUCUCUUCUGUCUGAAGCAAACUUCUUGGUAUCAGACUUUUGAGAUGGAGGCUAGCGUGGGGACGUUGGUAUAUUGGCCGUUGGAUUUACAUAUUAAAAAGUUAGGAGCUACAACAAUUUUAAAGGUAUUAACCAACUUUUACAGUGUGAAGGGAAUGGUAAAUUAAUCUUCUUAAACAGAAAAUAUGUCAAGGGUCCACUCCUUCCAGCAAGUCACAUUGCUAGCCGAACUCUUCCCCUCCUUUCGUAAUUGUUCUCCAUGACCUUACUAAUGUCGAUGAGCUCGUAUUCCACAGUUGAGUUGUUUUCUUUGAGAAUGUAACUUGGCCAAAGGAGAGGACCUCAGACACAACCACAUUGAUCUUCUUUUUUUAAAUAUUAAUCCAAAAUUUACUUUCAGUAAUAGUAAAAGUUAGUUAAUACCCUUAAAAUGUAGCCAUUAAUUUUUUAAUGUGUAAAUUUAAUGUAAGAUAUUUCCUUUUCACCGCGGAAGAUAUGUCAACUCUCCCUAUACUAGCCUCGAUCGGGACUAUAAAGGGGGGCAUUAGUAUAUCCCUGGGAAAAUAGUAAUUGUCGUUG